AUAGAGAUGAGUAUUGGAAGAAGAAGAAAUGGGUGAAAACAAGAAAAUGGGAAGAAAAUGUGGAUUUUUGCUCAUUCUAUUAAAUAAUUUCCACACUGGCAUAAAGACUCGAAAAAUGUUAAAAAGAUUGAUAGGUUCCUUUGGUCACAAUUGCCCCCAGGAGGAGGACGUGACCCUAUUAAAUCAAUUAUGCUCACAAUUGCCCCCCAGGAAUGACAGUUCGUGCCUUUGGUCAUCAUCGGUCAAUGGGGCAGGCUGCUCGGUCAGUGCCCGGAGAGUGGCGGUGACGAAGCCAGUGCCACUGUCGUACGUCCGGCAGUUGGGAAACUGCUUGAAGAACUCGUUCUACGGCGCAUAUUACUAUUUUGCCCAUUGCUUAGGCUUAGCCUGUAGCCUCGUGCAGACGAUGUUAGUGGUGCUUGGAUUCAAAAGGACUUUGUACCUGAAAUAAGCUCAAGGAAAUAUUCGGGGACUUUGAUUUAUUGAGCUUGAGCCAACUUUUACUUACCCAUCAAAGUUCAGAUUUUACUGGUUUCACUAAAAAGCAGGAGGAACAAGGAGAAGAACAAGGCACUUACUCAUGGAAGAUAGGAUCGGCAUGCUCCAGUCCGGGGAACCCUAGAUGGGGCAGAAGCUACAAGGGCAUAUACAAAAAAAAAAUACUCCUAUAGAAAAUGAUCUGGGAAGAUAUUGCGUCGCAGCGGACAACCUGCCACACAAAUGAAUCCCUUGAUUUACUAAGCAACCCUUCAAGAACUAUUUGUCUUCUUCUAAUAAUUUACAAGUAUAUUUGUGGAGUUGUCCUUUUGACACCACCAAUAGCUUAAACUUAGUUUUGAUGAAGAGUCAUUGGGGGGAAAAGCAGAGAGAAAAAAUACCCUUGUUUCAGAGUCUUAUAUGACUGAGGCAUCUUUGAUAUUUUCUGUUUUGGAUCUGUUCUUAUUCGACCAGUGCAAGUACUACUCUCGUUCGUCCAUAGAGAUCUGCCUCUCUUGCAGUGUCAGUAACGAUGGCAAACCAAAACACUGAUGGUGAUGAAUAUAGCCUCUAUGCCUUUGUUGGGUAAGUUUGUGUACAGCUUUACCCACAUACCUCAACGAAACUGGUAUCAGAUAAUCUUAUAAUUUCCAAAUCCAGGAAUAGUAUGAUUCGUUCUCUUUCAAUUUAGAGAUCUACUGCUGUUUGGUUAUGUGAAUCCAUAAGUCAUCCACCAAUAGCAAGGGAAGGUUGGUUGAUAUCACGAUUUGAAGGAGCUAUGACAGCAAAGUCCCACUGGGAUUCAAAUAAUUUUGAAUUUCAUUUGAAUUCAUGCAUUUCAAUUCCAAAAUUUGAAAUCUUGAAUUUUAAAUGACAAGGGGAGGUGCAUGAAUUUGAAAUUGAGCUUUGUUAUGAAUGAGAAGAAUUUGACUCGAAUCCAAAUUCAAAAUUUUUAAGUUUUCCAAACAUGGAAUUUGAGUCAAAUCCGGAUUUGAAAUCCAAAUCCAUGUUCCCAAACAUAUCAUUGGCGAAUUUGAAAGGGUCGGUGCAGGUAUGGAUAGGGAAUUGUCCUGUAUUUGUAUCCCAGUUGGCAGGGAAUCAGCUGGCAUUAGGCUUUUUGUAAAAGCAUUGAAAGAAACUCUAAACUUACAAGAAGGAACUGGAACAGCAGAUGGUGUGAAGCCUACCAGGAUCUUUAAUGAUUGAUCAAAUGCUUAAAGUGGAGGGAGUAGUGGAGCAGCUGAGCACUCCUAUAUCUUCAAAUCUUUUAGAACAGGAUAUUACACAAAAAAGGGAAAUUUCUCUGAUUGAGAUGAGCUUGAUGGAUGAGGAAGAGAAGGUACCACCUUCUCUAUGGAUGAGGAAGAGAAGGUACAAAUUCUAUUUCAACCAGCUUUUGAGGCUUAUUUUGAGUCAAAUACUUGAGGCUUUGGCAAAAAAAGUGCUUUUGGAUAAACUAAAAUCCGGUUUACUUCAAAAUAUGUCGGGAAAGAUACUUAGAGAGAGCAUCUCGUGAGACGGUGAAAAGCAUGGAAAAAGUGAGCCUAAUUCACGUUGAAGGAUCAAAACACCUAAUUUUCUUUUCCUCCUCUAAAGAUGAUGAGAGGCUAGUGGUAGAGUUCCAUACGUACAAGGGAGCAAGACGAGGAAUCACAAAUGGUUAAAUCUCAAUUUAGAAUGGUUGAGGGGCUAUCUUAUAAUAUUUUAAAGAUGUUUUCUGUUUUGGUUGCACUCUAAGAGAAUGGGCAAAUGCUAUCUUCUGUUUUGGGCAAGCAAUUUAGG